AUGCGUCAGGUCGAGUACAAGAAUGCCAAGGGGCGCCCCUACUGGUACCACCCCGGCGAGCGUCGGAGUGUGUGGGACAAGCCCGACGAGCUAAAGACGGCGCGCGAGCGUGCCAUGGAGACCACAGCGUGGCGUGAGUACAAAUCGGGUGAGCGCAGCUACUAUGUGAACAAGGAGACCAAGGCAUCGACGUGGACGAUGCCCGCGGACCUCAAGGCCUUCCUCGAUACCAUCCCCGACGAGCCGGCGCCGGCGGUGCCGGGUCGCGCCCCCGCGAGUCCGGCAUCGGGUGCAGCGAGCCCAAGUACGCCACACACACCCACAUUCACCCAGACCGCCAUGGCUGUGGCAGACUCGGCGGGUACGGGCACAGCCGUCGUGCGGCCUGCGCCCACCCAGGCCCGUACCAGUACGCCCAUGUACGCGACGCAGGAGGAGGCAGAGAGUGCGUUUGUCGCGAUGCUGCGCACAAAAGGGAUUGGCGCACACGCGACGUGGGAGCAGGUGCUGCGUGACAUUAUCACAGAGCCGCGAUACAAGGCGCUGCGCACGCUGGAGGAGCGCAAGGCCACAUUUAAAAAGUACGUCGAAGAGCUGCAGGAACUCGAGGCGGCUCAGCGUGAGGAGAAGCUUGCGGAGCUGCGCCCUUUCGUGCUGCGGGCGCUGCAGCAGAAUGGCGGGCUGAAACCGUACGCGAGCUUUGCGACGUUCAAGAAGAAGCUAGAGCGACACCCUGUCUGGCGCGACUUUGAGGACGAGUCGCAGGCGCACGCGCUCUUUGAGGCGAUCCGCCGCGACGUGCGCGAGAAAGAUGCGGCGCGCAAGAAGAGUGUGCAGCAGCAUAACCGCUCAGCGCUCAGUGCGCUGCUCAAGACCAUCGAGAUGACGCCCAUGACGCUGUGGCAAGACGUGCACCGCACGCUGGUCGAGUCGGAGGAGUUCCGCCGAGACGCACGCCUGCAGAGGAUGCCGCCCGCCGAGAUGCUCGCGCUGUUCGAGGAGCAUAUGGUAUCCGUCGAAAGGGACGCCGAGCGCGCGCUCGCCACGCGCGAGGAGCCUGUGCGGCGCGAGCGCGAGGUGCGCGACGGCUUCCGGGCGCUGCUCCAAGAGCAUGUGGACGCAGGCACUCUGCAUGCGCGAUGUACAUGGGCGUCGUUCUAUGCGCAGGUACGUGACGACGAGCGGCUUGCGGCCAUGGCCGAGACGCAUGGCUCGAGUGCACAAGCACUCUUUUAUGACCGACUGGACCAGCUGGAGCGCGAGUUUACCGUGCACCGGCGCGAGAUCCAGGCGCACAUGCGGCAGCGGCAGGUGCCGGCUACGCAGCCGAGCGACUGGGACGCUUGGCAUGCUGCAUGCUGCGCGGACGACGCACCGCGCAGCGUUUCCCAGCUUCCGGUGCGUGUGCAGCGCGCCUUGUUUGAUGAGUGUGUGUACCAGGCGGAGCGCGAGGCGCGUGAGGCGCGUCGGCGCGUGGAGCGGCGCCUGCGGCACUAUGCGGACGAUCUGCGGUACGCGUUCAAGCAUGCGCACCCGCCGCUGGACAUCCGUGCAUCCUUUGAUGACAUCUACGAGCAGGUACGCGGGAUGCCCGAGAUGCAGGAGCUCGUGCGCAUGGACGGCGGCCUGGACGCCGCGCGCGGGGCGUGGGCCAAGUAUGUGCGGCGGCAGGCCGAGCGGCAUGCAGAUGCCCCUGACUCUGUGCCGGGCGCGCGCGCGCGCACCGAGUAUGCCGAUCUAGACGACGCGGACCCUGACCGCAAGCGCAAGGACCCCGUGCGCGCCGAGGAUCCACGCGCGGUGCGCCGCCGUACCGAGUACGAUAUGUAG